UCUCAUUCGCUCACUGGUGGUGGUGUUGGAAACACAGCUGAAUCGAUAAUCCAAACAAAAGUGCCCGUCUAGUCAUCAAGAUGUGCUGUUUUCCGUGAAAAACUUGCGGAAAAGUGUGAAAAUUGCGUCGGGACAGUCCAGUGCGGGAGGCCAAGUUCCGUGUUCCGGGUCCAGGAUGAAUCGCAGCAGCGCCGCCAAGCAGAAGAGUUCCGCCCAACAGGGCGCCAAAAAUGAGUGCGUCCAGGUGGUGGUCCGCUGCCGGCCGCUCAACAACAAGGAACAGACGGGCAACUUCCAGAAGGUCGUCGACGUCUUUCCGAGCCGGGGCGUGAUCGAGAUCCUCAACUGCAAUGAGUCCUCGCGGGAGAAUAAGAAGAUGUUCACGUACGAUGCCGUGUACGAUAAGGAUUCAACUCAGCAGCAGCUGUACGACGAGGUGAUCCGUCCGUUGGUCUACUCCGUGCUGGAAGGCUUCAAUGGGUGCGUUUUUGCGUACGGUCAAACCGGAACCGGUAAGACCCACACAAUGGAGGGCAUUAAGAAUGACGUCGACCAGAAGGGUAUUAUUCCGCGUGCAUUUGAGCAGAUUUGGGCCCACAUUAAUCGAUCGCAGAACAUGAACUUCCUGGUGGCGGUGUCCUAUCUGGAGAUUUACAUGGAAGAGUUGCGCGAUCUGUUGAAGCCCAACACGACGUCGGUGUUGGAGUUGCGCGAACGCGAAGGUGGCAUCGUCGUACCGAACCUGCACUCGGUCCUGUGCAAAAGCGUCGAAGACAUGCUCAACGUCAUGCACAUGGGCAACAAAAACCGAACCGUUGGCUUCACCAACAUGAACGCGCACAGCUCGCGAUCUCACGCCAUCUUCCUGAUCAAGAUCGAGAUGUGCGAGGUAGGUGCGACGCUGGUCAAGGUGGGCAAGCUGAACCUCAUCGAUUUGGCCGGUAGCGAACGGCAGUCCAAAUCAGGCGCCACAGCCGAACGACUCAAAGAGGCCAGCAAGAUCAACCGGGCGCUUUCCUCGCUAGGAAAUGUAAUUUCGGCCCUCGCCGAGAAGUCACCGCACGUCCCCUACCGCGACUCCAAGCUGACCCGCCUCCUACAGGACUCCCUAGGCGGAAACUCCAAAACCAUCAUGAUCGCCAACAUUGGCCCGUCCGAGUUCAACUACAAUGAAACCCUGACGACGCUCCGGUACGCCAGCCGCGCCAAGACCAUCGAGAACAAACCGGUCAUGAACGAAGACCCACAGGACACCAAGCUGCGCGAGUACCAGGAGGAAAUCGCCCGACUCCGCCAGCUCAUCACAGAACGCCAAAUGCGCGAAAAGUCCGUUCCAAAGGUCAAGAAAGUCAAACAACCACGUGUCAUCAAACGCGAAAAGAGCGUCGAUUCCGACGAAAAGUCCGACUCGGAAGCCGAGCAGGAACCCGAAGAGGACGAAAAGGAAAACGAACUCGACUUUAGCGAACUGGACGCCAAAGCCCAGGAAGCGCUCCUCAAAGAACGCGAAGCGACCGCUUCCCUCGCCGCCAAACUGGGCGAACUCGAAAACCAACUAGUCAAGGGAGGCAAAAACAUCCUCGACACGUACAGCGAGCGCCAGAUGGAGCUCGAGAAAAAGAUGGCCGAAAUCGCCGAACGCAAGAAGCGCGAAAUCGAAAUGCAACAGCAGCUCGAACUCCACGAAGAAUCCACCAUGGAAAUCCGCGAAACGUUCACCUCGCUCCAGCAGGAGGUCGAGCUGAAAACGCGCAAACUCAAAAAGUGCUACGCCAAGUGCAUGGCCCUCAAGCAAGAGCUGUCCGACACCCGGGACGAACACAACCGCGAUCGGCGCGAGCUGGAAAUGACCCAGAACGAACUCAUCAAGGAGCUCAAACGCCUCCUGCUCAUCAUAGACAACUUUGUCCCCACAGAGGUCAAGUCACGCCUCUACACCCAGGCCAAGUACGACGACGAGGCGGAAGAGUGGUACCUGAACAGCAACAUGAUGCUGCUCAGCGUGCACCCGCAGAGCGUGACCCGGCCGGUGGCCGACCCGAACCGGAGACGGCCCAUGUCCGAGUACGCGCUGCACAUGAUCAAGACGAACGCGCCCGACGCGGGCUAUCGGUACAAGGGCGAAAACAUCAUGAACUACGAGCUGGAUAUGCCGCUGCGCACCACGUACGAGUACUCCAACCCAAAAGUGUCCGCCUCUCUUCAAGCGGUCCUCGCCGAAGCGAUGCAAACCGAGGACGACAUCGACAUCACCGAUCAGUCCAACUACGCGAGCAUGAUGAAGCAACGGCUGGACAAGAUUACGCGCCGCAGCCAGAACCAGGACGGCGUUGGUCAACAGUCGGGCAGCGGUUCCAACGGCGCGGGUUCGUCGUCGGGCGCGUCAAACGGUGGCAUUCCGUCGAGUAGCAGCGGCAUUGGCAGUGGCGGCAGCAGCAGCAGCAUCAACGGUGGUACAGGUUCCCUCGGUGGUGGCGGCGGCGGCAUGGCCAACGGUCGGGCCCGAUCGUCGAUCUACAACCGGGGCGUGUCGGCGGCGCCCACCUUCGGGGCGCACUCGACGGCCAAGAAGGUUGCGCCACCGGCCAGCGCGGCACCAACGUUCCCCAAGGCGCGCGGACUCAUUCCCAAGUAGAUCCAGCGCCAAGGUGAAACUGAACUACUCAUUUGAUGAUAUUCCACCUUUCCUGCGCAACAUCAUCAUCCGUCACACACGCUCACACAAUUUUAAAAAUCUCCCACGAUUUUGGGUUUCUUUGCUAGGAAUUUUUCGUUUCUUGAAGCUUGAGUAUUUAACAGUUUAACAAAAAAAAAGUGUAGGAAAAGUUUCACACGCGCGCGCUUCAAAUCGGCUUGGCACCAAACAAUUAUGAGAAAGAGAAAAAAUAUGCAGAUUGUGAAAAAAGAAGGAAGAAAUUGUGAGAGAAUGGGAGAAACAAAUAA